GGGUGAGCCGGGAGCGCGUGUGCGCUCUGGACGCUUUCCCUGGGCCGGCCUUCUGGUUGGAUCCGUGGAACCCAGGGCCAGGACUCCGGUGCCCAGUGUCACCUGGAAGCCACUUUGUUUCUGGCGUCUUUCCCCCUGGUCGGGGUAGCGAGUAGAACUGAGAAGUCGGAGUUGGCUGCGGGCGUGGAUGGGCAGGAGAGCGAACAGUUACCGCUGUCUCUUGGGUGCCAACUCCGUCUAAUCCUUCCCGUAGCCCUGCAAAGGGGCAUUAUUACCCUCAUUUUACCGAUGAAGAAGACGACACUAGGAUGAGAAAUGACUCGCCUUGGAGCAAGCGACUGGAAAGGGACUCCGAAGUCCCCACCCCAGCCCUCGGCUUCUCUCUUUCCUCCUGCCCCCUCUCGGUCCUUACCCCGCGGGUGUAGGAAACUUGCGCUGCUGGGUCUGUUUGGAAAACAGCGCAUUCCCUCCAUGCCCAGCGAGCCCCCGGCACCCGCACCGGCCACACACUUCUUUCUCACCGUGGAUGAGGUCGCCCGCAGAUCCGGCUGCACCUUAUGGGCUGCCCAGGUGGAGUGCCGUUCUCCAUCUCAAGAUGCCUUUGCAGUUUUGAUAAAUGCAAACUGACAGCUCUCAAGGCCACGACAGGAGAGGAAUCAUGACUGCCUGAAGCCUGGAAGACUGCCCUUACUUAAGGACAAUCUCCGAUUGUUGUUUGAAAUGCUGAGAAAGUUGCUGCGGAGGAGACUUUUCUCUUAUCCCACUAAAUACUUCUUCCUGCUUCUCGUUUUUUCCCUGGUCGCCUUCUCUGUUUUAAGAAUUCACCAGAAGCCUGAAUUUCUAAGUGUUGGACAUUUGGAGCUGGUUGGAGAGAAUCCUAGUAGUAAUAUUAAUUGUACCAAAGUUUUACAGGGGGAUGUAGAAGAAAUCCAAAAGGUACAGCUUGAAAUUCUAACCGUGAAGUUUAGGCAGCGCCCUCGGAGGACAGCCAGUGACUAUAUAAACAUGACCAGAGAUUGUCACGCUUUCAUCAAGGCGCGCAAAUAUAUCACGCAGCCCUUCAGUAAAGAAGAGGCAGAAUUUCCCAUCGCAUAUUCUAUAGUGGUCCAUCACAAAAUUGAAAUGCUUGACAGGCUCCUGAGGGCCAUCUAUGCACCCCAGAAUUUCUACUGCAUUCAUGUGGACAGAAAAUCAGAGGAUUCCUUCUUGGCCGCGGUGCUGGGCAUCGCGUCCUGCUUCAGUAAUGUCUUCGUGGCCAGCCAGCUGGAGAGUGUGGUGUACGCCUCGUGGAGCCGGGUUCAGGCCGACCUCAACUGCAUGCAGGACCUCUACAGGAUGAGGGCGGACUGGAAGUACUUGAUAAAUCUCUGCGGUAUGGAUUUUCCUAUUAAAACCAACUUGGAAAUUGUCCGGAAGCUCAAGUCGCUAAUGGGUGAAAACAACCUAGAAACCGAGAGGAUGCCAUCCAACAAAAAAGAAAGGUGGAAAAAGCAUUAUACGGUUGUUAACGGAAAGCUGACGAACACGGGGACCGACAAAAUGCAGCCCCCUCUUGAAACCCCCCUGUUCUCGGGCAGUGCCUAUUUUGUGGUCAGUAGGAAGUACGUGGAGUACGUGCUAGAGAACGAAAAAAUCCAGAAGUUUAUGGAGUGGGCAAAAGACACCUACAGCCCCGAUGAGUAUCUCUGGGCCACCAUUCAGAGGAUCCCAGAUGUCCCGGGCUCCCUGUCCUUAAGCCAGAAGUACGACAUGUCUGACAUGCACGCGAUCGCGAGGUUUGUCAAGUGGCAGUACUUCGAGGGUGAUGUUUCCAAGGGUGCCCCCUACCCACCCUGCAGUGGCGUCCACGUGCGUUCCGUGUGUGUAUUCGGAGCAGGUGACUUGAACUGGAUGCUCCGCAAGCACCACUUGUUUGCCAACAAGUUCGACACGGACGUUGACCUCUUUGCCAUCCAGUGUUUGGAUGAGCACCUGAGGCAUAAAGCCUUGGAGACGUUAAAACACUGACGGUUCAUCUGGGGCAACUUUAGAACUAAGAAGAUGCAUGUGUGAGAUGCACCCUGAUUCUUCUGCCCAGCAGUAAACAGAAACUGUAGGGGGCGCUCUUCGGGUUGGGGACUCUGAUUGUGAAUGUCCCUGAAGCUGAGGGAUUUCUGCCCAGCUCCAUGGGUUGGAAAUGUUAGGGCAUCAAACGUUGACCUAGAGUUAGCAUAUGGAGCUAGAGUAGGUUGGGGGGCAUUGUAGGGGGCAGGAGCCCAAGUAGCCAGGGAUGAGGCUGAAUGCAAAAACCAGCCUGUUCCAAGAACUCAGGGACUUAACAAAAUGACCAAGAUUUCGUCUGUGCCAAAAUUACUUUGAGAGCUUUAAUUAUGACAGUUUUCUUGAUUUGAAUAAAUAUAUAGCAACAA